UCAGAGUCUGCUAUUUCGAAAGCAAAAUCUUUGCUUGAAACAGAUGACGUUACAUCCUUAACGAAUAUUCAAUUAAACAAUGAAAGUAAUUUACGUAAUAGUCAUAAAAUAAAAAAUCUAUCAUCUUCUUUUGUAACAGUAGGUUGUCGAUCAUUGAAUAUUUGCAAUAAAACAUUAUCCAAUGCGAAGAAAAUCCUGUUUGGACAAUUAGAUGACAUUCAAAUUAAUAAGAAUGUUACAAAUGAAUUGAAAGAACGAGUUGAGUCACUAGAGGAUUUAGAAAAUAUUAAUACAAAUUUAAAUGAAUCUUCUUUAAGAAGAAACAAAGUGUCAAAAAUUGGAUUUACAACCGCAGCAGGGUGUGAAGUUAUUAUUUCUAAUGAAGCAUUGAACAGAGCCGAACUUUUUCUUUCAGAUGAUACUUACGAUAUUAAUCAAUGCAAUAAUUUGCUUAAUAAAUCAAUAAAUAAACGAAAGAGUCUGCACACGUGUGAUAAUACUGCAGAUAAAUUAUUAUUUAAUACAAAGAAAGUAAGACUGUCUGACAAAGAUAUUACCGAUGAAAAAGAAAAUCAAAAGUUAUAUGAUAAUACAGAAGCUAUUAACCAAACUAAUUCUUUUUCUAAUGAAAUAAUGGCUAGUACAGCUGCACUUUUAGCAGAUGAAAGAGAUAAUGAUCAAACCAUGGAAUGGAUUUCUCAGGUAGAUAAUUGUGAAAAGGAAGUACCGUCUAGUCCUAUUAUCGGAAGACAACCUACUUCACGAAAAAGGGGCAAAAAGAGGAAUGUACAACAUAGCAUAAAGCAGAAGUUGAAAUCAUUGAUUAAAGAUGAUAUAAGCAGUAAUGUAAAUGAAGAUAGUGUUAAAUGCAAUAAUACUUCUGAGAAGGAACUUAUAUCGAUGCAAGAAAUAAAUUUAAAGCCUAAUAUUGAUCCACCAAUCAAUAAUGUUACAGAUAUUUUCCAAAAGCAUCUUGAGGCUAUCUCAGAACAAGAAAAUAUAAUUAAAAGGAAAAAGCUCGAUAGACCUAAAGCUAUUAAAGGCAAAUUGUUAUUAUACAAAGAAGAAAAUCAUAAUACUCGUUUAUCUUGGAAAAAACUUGUAGGCAAUGACGUACCAAGUCUAUGCACUCCCGAGGAGCUUAUCGAUCGAGGUAUAUCAUCAGAAAUAUUAACAAUCACAUCUACUACAGCUUUAUCAUUCAAAUUUCGCUGCAUUGAUUUUUAUGGAGAAGAAUUCAUUUACAAUAAUUCAUGUGGAUUAGAGAUGGAAGAUGGUGGUUAUCUUAUACCAGAUAAGGAUAACUGUAUAGGAAUUUUUGAGAUUAAACGAUCCUUUCUAGCAAGUCCAGGAGUUGAUCCGAGUCUUAUUCCUAUAGAUUGGAUUGAAAAUCAUUACAAAUGGAUUAUUUGGAAACUAGCAUCUAUGGAUAGAAUUAAAUUUAAUUUUAUUAUUAUACCAAGGUCAUUGACACCGUCUAACGUUAUGCUACAACUUAAAUAUCGUUACGAUCGUGAAAUCGAUAGAUUGCAAAGGUCAUGUUUAAGAAGGAUAUUGGAAAAAGAUGAUUGUGCAUCCAAACGAAUGGUUUUAUGUGUAUCAUCUAUUACUGAGUCCAGAGAUGACAAAAAUAGAGAAUCUAGUCCAAUAGUAUCAAAUAUAAAUUAUUGGAAAAUGAUAUUAACAGAUGGAUGGUAUAGCAUUCCUGUUUUUAUUGAUACAACCAUGAUGAGUUACAUAUCAUCUGGAAAAAUACGCGAAGGUACAAAAUUAAUGAUAUUUGGAGCAGAGUUGUUGAAUCUUGAUCAGGGUUGCUCUCCUUUAGAAAUUCCAUAUGAUGUAUCAUUAAGAAUUCAUACCAAUUCAACCAGAAGAACUAAAUGGGAUACUAAAUUAGGGUAUACACAUUGUCCUGGACCUAUGCUAAUUAAGUUAAAAAAUGUGUGCCCUAGUGGUGGUUUAGUUGGCAAACUUAAAGUUAUGAUUACUAGAACAUAUCCAAUGUUAUAUCAUGAAAAAAAUCCUUCUGGAGAAUCUAUUUUUCGAAACAGUCGAUGCGAAGAGAAGGCUAAUCUCGCUUUCGAAGAACAGUAUAGAUUAAAAGUAGAAGCGUUUUAUGCAGAAGCCGAACAAAAAUUUAAUUCUGCUAGAAAUGAUAAUUUUUAUUCUGAUGAUAUUGAUUUGAAUGGACAAGAGAAAAAAAUGGUAAAUCAAAGUCGCGUAGUAGAGGAAUUUAAGCAAGAAUUAGAAUCAAAGUUACGUGAAAAUAUGCCACCACCUCGUCAAGUUUCAUCGGUUCUUAAAGUUCGCAUCAAUGAAGAAAAUACUAGUGCAAUAUUAACAAUUUGGGCUCCUAGUGAAGAUAUCAUCGAUAUUUUUAAAGAAGGAACUCGUAUAUCGAUUCAUAAUGUAAUUGCUUCUGGCAAGCGAUCCGGUGAUCUUCAACUUACAGCAUCUCGAAGUACAAUAUUCAAUAUAGAAGAAAAAUGUAAAGAUUUUCCUCAAUCUCGUAUAUAUACUCCAUUGCGGAGUAUAACAGAUAAUUCGUUUAAUCCACUUUAUGGAGAAUUCGAUACUAUAGGGGUCGUUUCAUCAAUUAUUAAUUGUCCUUAUGGUAUGAAAAAUUUUGAUGCUGUAAAUAUAGCAUGUCCAUUAUCACAUGAAAAUCCGGAAGAAAAUGAUACAUCAGGAUCUUCAUAUUUAUCUAUUUUAUUUUGGCAAGGCGUAUCUACAUUUGGUUAUACAGAAAUUCUUACUAUAGGUUCUCUUGUAGCCUGUAGCAAUUUAGAAUGGAGAUGUGCCACUUCUUGGAAUAUACCAAUAGCAUAUUGUACAGAUAGAAGUGUAUUUACGCGUAAUCCUCGGCAUAAUCAUCUUCGCCAAGCUUUUGAAAAUAUUAAAGAUUUAAUCAAGAUACCCUAUGCGAAUUAUGCUGCCAAAUGUGCAGAAAAUAUCUCAUUAGAAGUACAAAAGAAAACAAAUUUAAGAACACCUUCGUACAUUACUCCUGAUAAAAAUACCCCAAACAAAGAGACAUUGACCACAAAUAAUAUAUCUAAUUCAAUAGGCUCUAAUCCACGCUCGGACUCACGAAAUUCUAAUUCGAUUAGAUCAGCAGCUUUGCAAAGGCGCUUAGAAAAACUUCAUUAUUAUAGUAAUCCACCCGAACUUUCUCCAAUUGUUCUUAAAAAUGCUUCGAGUAGAGUGUCACUUGAUUUUCGUUCUCCUAUUCGUAAUAACAAUUUAAAACCAACGAAACUCAAUGUAAAUCCUUGAAGAUAUUAUAUUUGAACAGGGUUUUUUAUUCAGAGAAUAUAUAUAGCAUAUAUAUGCAGUUAUCAUGCUAUUUGUGUAAUGUUGAUAUAUUAUAAUGAAGUAAUUGUCGUGUGCGAAUUAAUUUUUAAGCUGUAACAACAUAUAAGGAAAGAGAUAAUUUAUAUUUUUGUAUAUGGUAUAUAAGUCAAUGUUAAUAUAUUAUAUGUAAAAUAUAAAUUGUUGAGAUAUUGAUAAAAAUUGAAUUUACAAAU